UUUUUUUCCCUACCGCAUAACUUAAUCAUACUAUUAUGCCUAACUUUAUAAGAUGAAGUCACCAAUCUUACUACAAACAUCACCAUACAUAGAUAUGAGGGAGGGAGAAUGCAUAUCAAAGAAAUUCUAAACAUUGAUAAUGGAGGGUGAAAUAUAUCAAAAACCAAGUAAAGGAGCUCAUAUUUUAGUACUUCCAUACCCUCUACAAGGCCACAUUAACCCGAUGCUCCAAUUUUCAAAACGGUUAGCUUCUAAAGGCCUUCAAGUCACUGUAAUCAUCACUUCCAGCCUUUCUAAUCAAUUAUUAACCCCUCAAACCAACUUCACUUCCUCUCCUCUGGAAUUCCUACGCAUCUUUGAUGGUUUCGAGGGCGAACCGAUCAAAGAUGACAUAGAAGCAUACCUUGAACAUCUAAAGGUUUGUAUUUCCGAGAGCUUGUUUGAGCUACUCAAACAUUACAAACAAAACAAUACAAGUCUUCACCCUACACCAAAAAUGGUUAUUUAUGAUGCUUUUAUGCCUUGGAUAUUAGAAGUGGUAAGAAAAUGUGGGCUUGAAGGGGCUCCAUUUUUCACCCAGUCUUGUGUGGUUAAUACAAUUUAUUACCAUGCUUAUAAUGGUGAUCUAAGCACUUCAUUAAGGGGAUCAGAUCUUGUAUCAUUGCCUUCGGUCGGGUCAUUGUUAAGGGUUGAUGAUUUGCCUAGCUUUGUAUCUACUCCUAGCUUAUAUCCAGUUGCAUUGGUCAAGCUUCUGUUGGAUCAGUUUUCAAAUUUGAAAGAGUUGAAUUGUCUGUUUGUCAAUACCAUGGACAUGCUCGAGAUUGAGGUAGUAAAUUGGAUGACAAACCAAUGGCCAGUGAAAACAAUUGGACCAUGCAUUCCCUCAACGUACUUGGACAAGCGCUUACCAGAUGACAAAGACUAUGGCCUUAGUCUUUUUGAAGCCCAAACUAAUGCUUGCAUUCAGUGGCUCGAUGCAAGAGAGCCUGCCUCUGUGGUCUACAUAUCAAUGGGUAGUAUGGCUUCCCUUGGAAAUGAACAAAUGGGUGAAAUUGCUAAGGGUUUGGAUAAAAGUAGCAAGUAUUUUUUAUGGGUUGUUAGGGCUUCAGAAGAGAAUAAACUUCCUUUAAAUUUUAAAGAGAAGACAUCACAAAAAGCUCUAAUCGUCAGUUGGUGUCCUCAACUUGAGGUUUUGGCUCACCAUGCUAUAGGCUGUUUUGUGACUCAUUGUGGAUGGAACUCAACGUUGGAAGCCAUAAGCUUAGGGGUGCCAAUGAUUGCAUUCCCACAAUGGACUGAUCAACCAACUAACGCCAAAUGUAUAGUUGACCAUUGGAAGAUUGGGGUUAGAGUUAGGGUAGAUGAGAAUGGUUUUUUAAGUGCUGAUGAAAUAGAGUUCUGCAUUCGAGAGGUCAUGGAAGGAGAGUUUACAAAAGAGAUAAAAAAUAAUGCAACUAAGUGGAGGCACCUUACAAGGCAAGCAAUGGAGGAAGGGGGUAGCUCUGAUAGGAACAUUGAAGAAUUUGUUUCCAAAUUGUUACACCCAUAGUUUUACAAAUUUCAUAUUAUGAAGAAACAUAUCAAAAUUUCAUUUUACAAUAUUUUAUCCGAUAUGUAUUAUGAUAUUAUUUUUAA